GGGGCAGCGGUGGAUGGAGAGGCCCCUGGACAGCUCCUUAGCGAGCUCGGACAGCCUCUGCCGGGCAGCGAGUCUCGGCUCCUCGGGGAAAGCGCAGGGGCCGCCUCAGCGGCUGGUGUCGAAGGAGCAUCUCUGCGAGUGAGCCCGAGAUGCCUGCCCGGACUCGGACUCGGCUUACUCUCUCGGAACUCAGACCCCUGCCUGUCUGGGGACUUAGGUUGAUGCUUCUCAGAAGGCAAGGAGUUUCGGGAGCAUGUCCAGGAUGUGUUGCCUACCCUGCCGAAUCCAGAUGACCAUUUUCUCCUGCGCUGGCUCCGAGCAAGAAGUUUUGACCUGCAGAAGUCAGAGGCCAUGCUACGGAAGCAUGUGGAGUUCCGAAAGCAAAAGGACAUUGAUAACAUCAUUAGCUGGCAGCCUCCAGAGGUGAUCCAGCAGUACUUGUCGGGGGGCAUGUGCGGCUAUGACCUGGAUGGCUGCCCGGUCUGGUACGAUAUCAUUGGGCCUCUGGAUGCCAAGGGUCUGCUGUUCUCAGCCACCAAGCAGGACCUGCUCAGGACCAAGAUGCGGGACUGCGAGCUGCUUCUGCAGGAGUGUGCCCGUCAGACCACAAAGUUGGGGAAGAAAAUAGAGACCAUCACCAUAAUUUAUGACUGCGAAGGCCUUGGCCUUAAGCAUCUCUGGAAGCCUGCAAUAGAAGCCUAUGGAGAGUUUCUCUGCAUGUUCGAGGAAAAUUAUCCUGAAACAAUGAAGCAUCUUUUUAUUGUUAAAGCUCCCAGGCUGUUUCCUGUGGCCUAUAACCUCAUCAAACCCUUCCUGAGUGAGGACACUCGCAAGAAGAUCAUGGUCCUGGGGGCAAACUGGAAGGAGGUUUUACUGAGGCAUGUCAGCCCUGACCAGUUGCCUGUGGAGUACGGAGGUACCAUGACUGACCCGGAUGGAAACCCCAAGUGCAAAUCUAAGAUCAACUAUGGGGGCGACAUCCCCAAGAAGUAUUACGUGCGAGACCAGGUGAAGCAGCAGUAUGAACACAGCGUGCAGAUUGCCCGGGGCUCCUCCCACCAAGUGGAGUAUGAAAUUCUCUUCCCCGGCUGUGUGCUCAGGUGGCAGUUUAUGUCAGAGGGAGCAGACGUCGGUUUCGGGAUUUUCCUGAAGACCAAGAUGGGGGAGCGGCAGCGGGCAGGGGAGAUGACGGAGGUGCUGCCCAGCCAGAGGUACAAUUCCCAUCUGGUCCCUGAGGACGGGACCCUUACGUGCAGCGACCCUGGCAUCUAUGUCCUGCGGUUUGACAACACCUACAGCUUCAUUCAUGCCAAGAAGGUCAGUUUCACUGUGGAGGUCUUGCUUCCAGACAAAGCCUCAGAAGAGAAGAUGAAUCAGCUGGGGGCAGAGACCUCGAAAUAAUGCCUCCCCCUCUAGGCCUGGCCGCCAGGAUCGUUUUCCUUGUAGCAGUCAUUUUUCUACAACCCUGCGGCCCACAGAAACUGCGCUGGAGGGUAGAUUUCUGGCUGGAUCUGGGAACUUUUUGCAUCAGAAUUAGGAAGAGGCCAGUAGCUGGAGUGGGUCUCCUUGCUUCUCAAAUUACCAGGGAGUCCUCAAGGGCUGGAAUGUGAUAGAAUCUGUCCUGAAGACCCUGUCAACUUUCCCUUUCCGGUGACAGCUGAGGCAGGGAGUAGGGUGGCACUGGGCAGCGGCAGGGAAGAAAUAAGAAAAACGGGGAGAGUGUGGGACCUUCAGGGAAGCCAGCUGCAGAGGAGAAACUUGCUCCCCAGUGAACGUGGAAGUUCAGAUGGUAAUAAGAGGAAGCAAGGUUGCUAGAACCACGGUGGGGACUAGAAGCUUUCCAAACUUUUUUUUUUUAUUAUCGAGGCUGAGGUAUGUUUUGGCUUUCACCAAGUUUCAGGAGUGGCCCAAGUCAGCACAGAUCUUCCCAUUGGAAGGUAGACGGGCAGCCUCUCUCUCACCUUGAGAACUUCAGCAACUUCUGGGCUGCCUUUAAUUAUUAAAGAUUGUCAGUGAGUCAGGGCUUCCUGGGACUCUGGUAGCCAGCCGCUGUUCUCCAAUACAAACAUACGAACAACAACAAAAAAAGCACAAGAGUCAUUAUCUCUGGGGACCACAGUUCACGGACGGGGCUAGGAGGUAGGAGGCGGGGGAUGGCGAUCCAUUUCUUGGUGCCACUAGCCUCCCGUUACGUAACCGUCCGCGGGGGCACCCGAGACGGAAAUGAUGGGAUCAAGGCAGUGGUACUCUGAGCAUCUCCUAGUCAGCCUCAAGCAGCGCCCAGCAACCGGCUUCCCGAACGAGGCCUUAACAGUCCCAUCUCUGGGAGGUGCACGAACAGGCGCAGUGGAUUCCUCUUGCUUGUGAGUGGAGACAGCCAGGAUGAGCCGCUGACAGGGCCGGCGGCCAGAGGACCUGGCCGGCAUCUGGACGAGCCAGGGGCUGGGGACGGCCGCAGUCCUUGACGCGGAGGGGGUUCGGGGAAGGGACGGGGCCUGACGCAGACCCGAGGGAGCGAAGACCGCGCAGGCGGCUCCAGUCAGACCGCUCGUUAGGACAUCCUGGCCUUGGCUUACAAUGCUCUGUUAGCAAAAUUGACCAAUGAAUAAAGCAACGUUCAGUGCACAAGGA